AUAAUCCCAUAUUAAAUAAUUAAAAGAUGUCUUCGGGCUACGAUCGAGCUGUGACCAUAUUCUCGCCGGACGGUCACCUGUUGCAGGUGGAAUACGCCCAGGAAGCCGUUCGAAAGGGCUCGUCGGCGGUUGGAGUGCGCGGAGCCAACUGCGUGGUGCUGGGCGUGGAGAAAAGCUCGGUGGCCAAGCUGCAGGAGGAUCGCACGGUGCGCAAGAUAAACAUGCUCGACCACCACGUCGGAAUGGCCUUUGCCGGACUAACGGCCGAUGCACGCAUCCUAAUAAAUCGCGCUCAGGUGGAGUGCCAGAGCCAUCGGCUUAACUUCGAGAAUGCAGUGACCGUGGAGUAUAUCACCAGAUACAUUGCCCAGCUGAAGCAGAAGUACACGCAGAGCAAUGGUCGCCGACCCUUCGGGAUAUCCUGCCUCAUCGGGGGCUACGACGCCAGUGGAUCUGCUCGUCUCUUUCAAACCGAACCCUCCGGAAUUUUCUACGAAUACAAGGCAAAUGCCACUGGUCGCUCGGCAAACACUGUGCGCGAGUUCUUCGAGAAGGCCUAUAACGAGGAAGAAGUAAGCACCAAUUGGGGAACCAUCAAACUGGCCAUAAGAGCCCUCCUCGAAGUCACCCAGUCGUGGCACAACCGCCUGGAGUUGGCCAUCAUGGAGAACGGUAGGCCACUGAGAAUGAUGGACAGCAAAAUUAUAGACGAUUUCGUUAAAACCGUUGAAAAGGAAAAGGAGCAGGAGAUCGCGAUGAAGGCCAAGCGAAUGAACACAAAGUAUACGGUUAUCUAAUUCAAUACUAUCAUUAUUGGGAAUCGUUUUUGACUGGGAAAACUCUUCAAGUCCAAACUUUGCUUUACCAAAUGCACACUGAUUUUUCGGUUAUUAGUUUCUAUUGUUCGGAUCGUUAGUUUAUGAAAGA